AUGGAUACAAUGGAGAACGAGAAUCUAGUAGACGACUACUCGGUCAGCACCGACAGCACAAUCGAUGCCUCAAUCGACACAUUGAGUUCAUCGGUAUUCCCGUACUAUAAGCCUGUGUUGGCGUCUGAAGCGCGGGCAAGGAAUCUGCCGAAUGGCUAUCACGGCUCUCUCUUACGGUCGGAUGAGUUGAGCCAUUAUUUUCCUGAAGAGAAGAUCAGUGUAUAUAUCGUAACGUGGAAUAUGAACAGCAAUAGCCCGCCCCAAGAUCUUAACCCCAUUGCUUUACCUGAUAGUAUGGUGUAUGUGCCCGACAUACUGGCCUUUGGCAUCCAGGAGGCACCUCAGGGCAACCUAAUCAAGGAAUGGGAGUUUGAUUUGCAAAAGACAAUCGGUCCCUCACAUGUACUCAUCCACUCCACCACUCACGGGGCACUCCAUCUCUGCAUUUUUGUCAAGAGCCAGUACGGGUAACUUAUUAUUAAAUAUUAAAAUAUAUGGAUACUAUAGUUAUAUACACGGCACGGCACUA